UCACUAUGAGGGCCUGCUGGACGCCCAUAGUGGCCAAAGAGGUCACUGCAGGGGCCUGCUGGACGCCUGCAGUGAGGGGAGGUAACCUGAAAGGUUAUAGUUGGAGCCAGAAUGCUCAGGAACUGCUAAAUGAGCCUUUGAUUGACAGGUGCGAUGGUCCUGCUUUCGGAUUUUUCCGGUAGUAGAAGCGCUUCGUGGAGAUGCAGUCGGUGCGGGCGAGGUGUUUCAAGUCCGCUUAUAAUACGCGGAAAUUGGGCUAGCUUCUUGAGUCGCGGGUUGGAAUUUGUAAAACACCCAUACUGACAUGGGUUGGGCUUGUUUUGUCGUUACACUUGGCAACACUGGGUAAAGCAACGAUCAGUGCUGACGUCAUAGCGCCUGCGACGGGAAGGAUGAAAUAAAGUAAACAAAUUCUCCUUACGUGCUGUAGAUUUGAAUGGGAUGUUGUUGCUACGAAGAUAAAGCUGGAUCCGGGAGAUCGUCCAGUCUCUGAUUUCAGGAGUUGCGGAGGAACAGUGGCCAGGCGGGAGCCACAGCAGACAGGAGAAGCUGACAUCUGGGCAGAGAAGUUUGGAGUGGUAAUACCGCCGACCAAAGUUGUGGUGGAGUUGGCCCGGGAAGGGCUGGUUGAACUGGUUGCGUGGAUCUCGGCUCCGGGGAAACAGCAAACAGAUCGUCAUCCGUCGAAACGGAAUAAUCCAGAAUGCAGACCAUGAUGCGUGCAUUAAACACAAAAGCUGAAGUCCGGUUCCACAUACAAACAGCUGAUUGGAUUCCUGAAGAUGUGCGACAAAAGAUUAUUUCUCAGCAUACAAACCGAAUAAACAGAAGUGGGGAGCUGAUCGUCACCUCGGAAGUGAGCCGGUACCAGAUGCGCAAUCUGUCUGACUGUUUGCAGAAGAUCCGAGACAUGAUCGCUGCUGCCAGCGUGAAACACAAGCAGCCUUCCCAAGAAGACGUGGCUCUCCGACGCUACAGGAUGGACAAAAUGAACCGAGAACGCCUGCAGCAAAAGAAAAUGCACACUGCAGUGAAGCGAAGCCGACGCGAGGAGUUUGAUUGAAGGUGAUGCCAGGAUAUGAAGGCUGGCUGCAUUGAAGCAAUCUGUAAAGAAUAAAUGAAUGACUUG